AUGCCGAGCCCGACGAUCCGGAGGCUGGACGUGGCCUCGCCGGUGCCGGCGGACAUCGACAUCGCCAACUCCGUCGAGCCGCUCCCGAUCGCCGAUAUCGCGGCGGAGCUCGGGCUCCGGCCCGAGCACUACGACCUCUACGGCAAGUACAAAGCCAAGGUCUUGCUGUCGGUUUUGGAUGAGCUCAAGGCGCAGCAGGACGGGUACUACGUCGUGGUGGGCGGCAUCACGCCGACUCCCCUCGGGGAGGGCAAGUCCACCACCACCGUCGGGCUGUGUCAGGCUCUCGGCGCUUUCCUUGAUAAAAAGGUUGUCACUUGCCUCCGUCAACCAUCACAAGGGCCUACCUUUGGAAUUAAGGGAGGUGCAGCUGGAGGUGGCUACAGCCAAGUUAUACCCAUGGAUGAGUUCAAUCUUCAUCUGACAGGCGAUAUCCAUGCAAUUACGGCCGCAAACAAUCUUCUUGCUGCUGCUAUUGAUACAAGGAUCUUCCAUGAAAACUCUCAGUCAGAUAAAGGACUGUUCAACAGAUUGUGUCCGGCAAACAAGGAAGGCAAGAAACACUUUGCUGAUGUAAUGCUCAGACGUCUGACUAAGCUGGGCAUUUCAAAGACAGAUCCCAAUGAGCUUACACCAGAUGAAAUCAGGCGUUUUGCAAGGCUUGAUAUCGACCCUGAGUCCAUUACAUGGAGACGGGUGAUGGAUGUCAAUGAUCGUUUCCUGAGAAAAAUCACUAUUGGACAGGGCCCUGAAGAAAAAGGUAUGUUGAGAGAAACAGGCUUUGACAUAUCAGUAGCUAGUGAGAUAAUGGCUGUAUUAGCUCUUACAACUUCCCUCGCUGACAUGAGAGAAAGGCUUGGAAGAAUGGUUAUAGGGAACAGCAAGUCAGGUGAGCCGAUAACUGCUGAUGAUCUUGGUGUUGGAGGUGCGUUGACUGUCCUAAUGAAAGAUGCUAUUCAUCCCACCCUCAUGCAAACUCUUGAAGGCACACCAGUUUUGGUACAUGCUGGACCGUUUGCUAACAUUGCUCAUGGAAACUCUUCAAUUGUUGCUGAUAAGAUUGCUUUGAAGUUGGUUGGGAAGGGUGGCUUUGUUGUUACCGAGGCAGGUUUUGGUGCUGAUAUUGGAACUGAGAAGUUCAUGGACAUCAAAUGUAGGUAUAGUGGAUUGGUGCCGCAGUGUGCUAUUAUUGUGGCCACAAUUAGAGCUCUUAAAAUGCAUGGAGGGGGGCCUGAGGUGGUGGCUGGAAAGCCCUUGGAUCAUGCAUAUGUGAGUGAAAAUGUGGCCCUUGUUGAAGCUGGAUGUGUAAAUCUUGCUAAACAUAUAUCAAACACGAGGAGUUAUGGAGUUAAUGUUGUAGUUGCAAUCAACAAAUUUGCAUCAGAUACUGAAGCAGAAAUGAAUGCGGUGCGGUAUGCAGCUAUGGCUGCUGGUGCUUUUGACGCUGUCGUCUGCACACACCAUGCCCAUGGUGGUAAAGGAGCGGUCGAGCUUGGACUUGCUGUUCAACGAGCAUGCGAAAGCCAGGCAGAACCUCUGAAGUUUUUGUAUCCUUUGGAAUCUAGCAUAAAGGAGAAGAUUGAGUCAAUUGCUAAGUUCUAUGGUGCUAGUGGCGUUGAAUACUCCGAACAGGCUGAGAAACAGAUUGAGAUGUACACCAAGCAAGGGUUCUCCAACCUCCCCAUCUGCAUGGCGAAGACCCAAUACUCAUUCUCCCACGUCCCAUCCAUGAAGGGCGCCCCGACCGGCUUUGUUCUACCAAUAAGAGACGUGAGGGCCAGCAUCGGAGCCGGGUUCAUCUACCCGCUCGUCGGCACCAUGAGCACGAUGCCUGGCCUUCCCACAAGGCCCUGCUUCUACGAGAUCGAUGUCGACACCGCCACCGGGAAGGUCAUGGGCCUGUCAUGA